AAGAUUGUGUUUGGUGAAAUCGCGUGUUGUGCAAUCUUGAUUGUUUUCUUUGUUCCUGUUGGUAUGCACUGGUGUUUAGAAUGGAAGAGGUUUGAGUUCUUAUUUGGCAAUUAUAUACAGUGCGAGAAUGAGCACAUAGCUUGCCAUAGUUGCUGCUCUUCGUCUUCAAGUAAAUGUAAAUCUUGUGCUCCAUCUGCCAGCUUUAAGCGCUGCCAAAUCCUCGAGAAAAUUAUCCAGUCGCUUGGAGGAUCAUGCAAAUAUCUGAAAUACGGGCCUUGUUCAUGCCCAAUCGAGGGCUGCAACUACUAUGGUCCACUGAUGCAGCUAUCCAUGCACUUGAGCGGCCAACAUAGAGAUUCUAUCACAUGCUUCAGGUACAAUAAGUUGUACUCCAUUACCUUGAGAUAUGACGAAAGGUUCUGCGUUCUUCAAGAAAUGAGUGAUGGAGACAUAUUUCUGGUCGACAAUGUCGAACAUGAUAUUGGGAAUAUGGUCAGUGUUAGCCGGAUAGGACCUUACACGUUUAUCAGUCCCUUCUCAAUUGAACUUAAGAUUGAAGCUGUCAAAUGGGUCCACUGGGAUCAACUCUCACUGAGGCUUUCGUGUAAAAUAGAAAGCAUUCGCAGCCGGGUAGGUUACCAGCCUUCAACCAGAGACUUUCUUCUUGUUCCAAGUGGAUAUUUUGAAGGGGGUGAGGAAUUUGAGUUGCUGUUCCGCAUAUCUCGUGCUGACGUCUGACUCGGUGGAUUUCCCUUAUGGAUUUUGUUUUAGUUUCACGUUCUACAGAUGUUCUACAGACAUUUUUGUUUUGCAGCAAAUGUAUAUGGAUGACAUAACUAGUAGCAGUUCUGAAUGACCAUGGAAGUUUUUUGUUUA